CUCCUAGUCUUUAUCCGUCACCUGCAACCUUUCUCCUUCUUCUGCAUUUCCUCUGGCUCGGCGGCCAUGGAGAACUGUAAAAGCCACUGGACGGCGCUUUUAGCAAGGUUGUUUCUCUCUCAGCUGUUCAUCGUAGGAGCAGCAGAUCACUACCGAUACCGAGCGCCGCGAAACAUCAGAUUACUGCCAGAUACAACGCCGGAGAGGUUUCUCGAGAUGGUCGCUGGGCCGCCCUUCAAGAUAGCUCUCUUUGCCGACUUACAUUUUGGAGAGGCCGAGUCCACCGAUUGGGGUCCGCUUCAGGACAUUAACUCCACCAGAGUCAUGAAUCAAGUGCUUCGUGAUGAAAUGCCAGACUUUGUAAUAUAUCUUGGGGACGUCAUUACGGCUAACAAUAUAAUAGUUGAAAAUGCAACCUCGUAUUGGGAUCAGGCAAUCACGCCGACCAGAAACAGGGGGAUACCAUGGGCAAGUGUGUUUGGGAACCAUGAUGAUGCUCCAUUUGAGUGGCCACUAGAAUGGUUCUCCUCGCCUGGAAUCCCCCCGAUUCGCUGUCCUCGACCUACCACUUCAUGUUCAGAAGAAGAAUGUAGCUUCAAGGGCACUGGACGGGUGGAACUGAUGAAAAAUGAGAUCAAGAACAAUGGCUCCUUUUCUGUGAAUGGUCCAAGGGAACUUUGGCCUAGUGUAUCCAACUAUGCUCUCCAAGUCUCUUCAUCAAAUGAUAAAAAAUCACCCGUGGCUUUCCUAUACUUUCUUGAUUCUGGUGGUGGUUCCUACCCAGAAGUCAUUUCCAGUGACCAAACAGAAUGGUUCCGGAAGAAAGCUGAGGACAUUAAUCCUGAGUCUAGCAAAACAUUGUCUGACAGGGUUCCUGAGAUUAUUUUCUGGCACAUACCAAGUAAAGCCUAUAAAGAGGUGGCUCCCAAGUCCACAAUAGCGAAACCUUGUGUGGGUUCUAUCAACAAGGAAGAUGUUGCUGCUCAAGAAUCUGAAACGGGUAUCAUGAAACUCCUUGGGAAAAGAAGCUCUGUCAAGGCAAUAUUUGUUGGGCACAACCAUGGAUUGGACUGGUGCUGCCCGUACAAGAAACUAUGGCUAUGCUAUGCUAGACACACUGGCUAUGGUGGCUAUGGAAAUUGGCCAAGAGGAGCUAGAAUUGUGGAAAUCUCUGAGAAACCCUUCUCUCUUCGAUCCUGGAUAAGGAUGGAGGAUGGCAAUGUUCACAGUGAAGUUGUUUUGAGCUAGAAGUCCUGGCAAUAUCUUCCAUCGGAGAAAACACUCAGAGAGAGUAAAUGUUUUUAUGCGUUUGUUCUGUGUGCUUAUGUUUGUCUUCAACUAAGUUCUCGUUCUUUUUAUUGAUUAACAAUAACAAGUGGGGAAGUAGAUAAUAUUAAUACCCAUUUCUUCA